AUGGCGCGCCCUCGCAAGGACGUCAAGUUCCAGCAUCAAACGCGCAGUGCCAGCAAUGGCCGGGCUCGUAGGCCCUCGCAGUCUCUGUCCGAGUUCAGCGACCCCGGAAGCCCAACCACCAUCAAGGAGGAAGCGGCUCCCCCAGUACGUUGGCCCGCCCCCGAACAACCCCCCCAAACAGAGUAUGAGAAGAAAAAGGCAAACUUCAUCACCCGCACAAUAUGGACCCUCGUCAUGAUUGCCGCCUUCUUCUGGGCUCUCGGCGCUGGCCACCUCUUCAUAAUCAUCAUGGUCACCGCCGUCCAAUGCAUAUCCUUCAAGGAGGUUAUUGCAAUCGCAAACGUGCCCAGCAAGGCCCGCAGCCUGCGCUUCACAAAGUCGCUCAACUGGUACUUUCUCGGCACCGCAAUGUACUUUUUGUACGGCGAGAGCGUCAUCUACUACUUCAAGCAUAUUUUGAUGGUUGACCGGCUGCUGCUUCCUUUGGCUACUCAUCACCGCUUCAUCUCCUUUAUGCUCUACAUUAUCGGCUUCAUAUUUUUCGUCUUCUCUCUCCAAAAGGGUCACUACAAGUUCCAGUUCACUCAAUUCGCAUGGUCCCACAUGGCUCUGUUCCUGAUUGUCGGACAGGCUCACUUUGUCAUCAACAACAUUUUUGAGGGUUUCAUCUGGUUCAUCCUCCCCGUGUCCAUGGUCAUCACAAAUGACAUCUUUGCCUAUCUCUGCGGAAUCACGUUUGGCAGGACUCCAUUGAUCCAAAUCUCGCCUAAGAAGACCUGGGAGGGAUUCCUAGGUGCCUGGUUCUUUACCGUUCUCUGGGGUAUUGCCGUCACUCAUUUUGUCUCCCAGUAUAAGUACUUCAUCUGCCCUGUCAACGACUUGGGCGCAAACAUCUGGUCCGGCCUCGAGUGCAGACCCAAUCCCGUCUUUGUUGCGCGCGACUAUACAAUUCCCUUCCUUCCCGAGGGUCUUCCAUUCCCCCGCACCUUUAACAUCAUGCCCGUUCAGUUCCACGUCAUUAUGCUAGGAACCUUUGCCUCGCUCAUUGCACCAUUCGGUGGCUUCUUCGCCUCUGGGCUGAAGCGAACAUUCAAAAUCAAGGACUUCGGCGAUUCCAUCCCUGGACAUGGCGGUAUGACUGACCGCAUGGACUGCCAGUUCAUCAUGGGAUCCAUUGCAUUCUUCUACUACUCGAGUUUUAUUGCUGUCCACCACACAACUGUCGGCGGUGUGAUUGAGUCUGCCAUUACUGGACUUACCUACGAGGAGCAGAUGGAAGUUGUUAAGAUCUUGAGCAAGCACCUGGUGAACCAGGACAUAAUAUCACCGAAGGUGCUUGAACUUCUCUCCGAGCAAAUGGUGCGGAGAUAAACGCAAAAUGUGGAUUUAGCUUGAUCAUUUAAUAGAGUGUUUACUGGUCCAAGAGGAGGUUUGGGGGGGAGGAAUCAAAUUUGGCGCUGCCAAGUAAAGGCAGCUCCAAUUUCGACCGACAUGGCAUACGCCGUCAGCCGCAGGCGGUAGGUAUUGGUAAUCGGGCGCAUAUACCCUUUCUGCAGUCUGGCGUACACUUAAAACAUGGGUUUCUUCGUGGCGCGCGUCAACGUAGCAUACAAGUAGUAAUAUUCUUUACAAUUUGCCUACUAGUAGAAGCUCGAAGCUCCUAGUGAGGUGAGGCAUGACGGACGUGCGCAACCGAGGCUUCUGUGCACGGGCCUCUUCUUGCAACUCAAGUUUUGGGCCUGUUCAAAUGGGCAAGGCAUCACAUCAACGCCAAUGCCACCACGCCCAUUUGUGAACGACCGAUUAUGGCGUUGUCUCUGUCCUGGCUUUCCGCCCAAC